AUGUCAGAAGAUCAGCAAAAACAACUUGGCUCGAUCCUCACAGGGCUCGGCGGUGUUGCAUUUGCAAUCGGAGUAGUAGCAAAAUUUCAUAGAGGUAUGCUAAUUUUAUCCAAUAUUCUAUUUUUCGCAGGAUUGAUUGUAAUUUUAGGCUUAGAAAAAUUCCAAAAACUGUUUACACAGAAGCAGAGACUACCAGGAACAAUUUGCUUUGCAAUUGGCCUUAUAUUUAUUCUAUUUAACAAAGGUCUUAUUGGAACAAUUGCAGAUCUUGCUGGUAUAUAUAUAUGCUUUGGUGGAUUUGUUAGAAUGAUGCUUAUCAAUGUUAAGAAGAUCAUCAGAAGACAUGAUGAAGAAGAUUUACCUCGUUAA